AUGGACAACACUAGGCUACCCAAAAAAUGCCUGAUUGAGCUCUCAAAUGGAUUACCCCUUAAAAACUACCGGUAGGUAAAUCAUGCUGCCCAACUGAUGGGCAAAUAUGACCUCUCAGUGACUGAGAUUAAAGAACUCCCCUUAUAUUUACAGAAAAAUAUUUUUAAACGAACCAUAAGGGCAGUGGCAACUAAAAACGAUCUAAACUCUAUGUGCACAUCUACAUGCGCCCCAUUGUAUUUUAAACUUAGAGAGGUCAAUGAACACAUAUCUUAUUUUAAUGAAUUGACUUUUGCACAGCUUCGAAAAGCUUUUACAGAGCUACGACUAAAUACAAUAAGCUCUGCUUAUAGAGAUGGGAGACAUAGAGGCAUACCAAAAAACGAACGUGUUUGCAUUAGGGGAUGUUCUGAAGUAGAGGACCUUAUGCAUUAUAUCUUGCACUGUCCAUUAUAUAAUGAUGCAAGAAAAAGAUUUUUGGUACCUAUAAUGACAGGGUCCCCUGGCCAGAACCCCCUUGACAUGAUGUUAUAUCUCCUUGCAGACACAGAUAAGUAUGUGACCUGGCGGGUAGCACUUUUUGCAACUGCUGCUAGGAAAAUUAGAGCAAAUUAUAUAGCCAAGGUAGCCAUUAAUUGUAAAGGAGAUGAAUUUAUUUGAUCCCAUCUAUCUACCUCAGGCUAUGCUCUAUCUUUGUCACCAAACUCUGAGUAUAAAUUGCACACUGUAUUAAUUGAUAUUGUUUUUAACAUUAGUGACCAUGUGAUGAUUUUAGCUUAUGAAUUUUAUUGUUUAAUGUUUUUAUUUGUACAUUGAGGUACUUUUAUAGCUUUGUUUAGAGUACGUAAUGUUUUAAUAAUAUAAAUGUUUUAAGUCUUUUUUUACCAAUUCAGUAUAUUUUCUUUUCAUUGUCAAAUAAUUCUGUGUACAUUGCGGCAGCCUUUGGCUAUGUGCAAUAAAACUGACUGAGAAAACUGACUACCCCUCCUGUUUUUUAUGAUUUAAAAUUUUAAGAGGUGAACUCUGGUUUCCAACCUUUCUUUCUUUCUCUUUCCCAGAAUGCCCCUGGGUCCCAUCUUUGGGCCAGAGAUGUGUUUUGAUGGACAAAAAGGGCAGGGAAAUUAUGAAGAGAAGCACAGUCAAAAUGUAUACGGUGAGAGAAGAAGAGUCAUAAUGAAAAAGGAAAUAUAA